GCUGUGAUAGUAUAGAACUUAAUGGCAAAAAUUCGAACAUGAAUUGUCAAAAUGAGCAGAUAUAUUCGAAGGGCUAUAAGUGAAAAGAUUUCACAAAUAACUCAACUUGGCAACAAUGUGUACCAAGAAUUACAAGUGCCUCUUAAAAGCCCAGGAACAUUUCACUGGACACCAUCAAUCAACAAUGCAAGUGAUGAAUUGCUGCAGAUCAUUCCUCGAUUGAAGUUUGAUAAAUCUCUGAUUGAAAGAGUGAAAUUUUUACCUUCUGCUGGUAAAAUUUGCGCACGUGUUGAAUUUAAAAUACCAGCGCAAACAUUUGCAGAGUCAUUGCUUCAACAAAAUGAGGAGUUUCCACCACAACUAAAAUCUCAUAUGGUAUUCGAUUUCAGUUCACCCAAUAUUGCAAAGCCAUUCCAUGUAGGCCAUUUGCGAUCAACAAUCAUCGGUAAUGUACUGGCUAAUUUACAUGAGCAUUUGGGCUAUCGUGUUACUCGAAUCAAUUAUCUUGGAGAUUGGGGAACACAAUUUGGCAUGCUGCAUGUAGGCGUUCAAAUUCUGGGUAUUACUGAUGAGCAGAUGCGAAACCAGCCAAUUGAAUCACUCUACUCUGCGUAUGUGGCUGCUAAUAAUGCAGCGAAAACAGAUGCCAUGAUAACAGAAAAGGCGCGGGAGUCUUUUACCAGGCUAGAAACCGGAGCAGAUAAAGAGAUGGCACGACAAUGGCAGCAUUACCGUAAAUAUACAGUUGAUGAAUUAGAAAAGAUAUUUGCGCGCUUGGGUGUUCGCUUCGAUCAAUAUGAUUGGGAAUCUCAGUACUCCCAACGCCACAUAGGGAACGUUUUGGAUCACUUGCAGAAAUGUAAACUAUUGUUAGACGAGAGUGAUGGAAGGAAGGUGGUUGACGUGGAUGGAAAACGUGUACCAGUUAUAAAAAGUGACGGGUCCAGUUUAUAUUUAACACGCGAUAUCGCGGCAAUAUUGGAUCGGUAUCAUCGUUAUAACUUCGAUCGGAUGUACUAUGUAGUGGAAAAUGGGCAGGCGGAUCACUUUAAUUCUCUAUUCAAAACUACAGCAGCUUUAACCACGGAUAUACCCUUAGAACGAAUGGUGCAUGUAAAAUUUGGGCGUAUUCAUGGCAUGAGUACGCGUAGCGGUAAAGUGGUAUUCUUACGAGAUGUGCUAGAUGAGGCUCAAAACAUAAUGCUGGAAAAACAAUUGAAAAGUGCAACAACAAGAGUCGAUUUAUCCAGCUCAUCCAGCGAUUACAAGACUGUUGCCGAUGUUCUAGGUGUGUCGGCAGUUAUCAUAAAUGAUCUAAAAUUGCGUCGACAACGAGACUACGACUUUGAUUGGCAGAAGGUAUUACAAGUGAAUGGAGACACGGGUAUCAAACUACAAUAUACACACUGCCGUUUGCACAGUUUGCUGCAAAAUUUAAAAAACAUUGAUAUUACUAGCUGUAAGGUGGAUGUGACAGAAUUAUCAGAACCUGAAGCGCAAGAUUUACUCAAUGAAAUAGCUCGCUUCGAGCAAGCUCUAUGGUGGUCCAAACAACAAUUAGAGGCGUGCAUACUUGUGAACCAUUUGUUCGCACUGUGCAAUUCAACUAGUCGCGCUUUGAAACGGUUGAAUAUAAAAAAUGAGAUCUGCGCUAGAAAACAACAAAAUCGUUUGCUUCUAUUCAAUGCUGCUAAACGCAAUCUAAACACAGGCAUGCGUAUUCUAGGUCUUCGUCCGCUAGAACAUAUGUGAAUGUUAUUUUAGUUUUAAGCAUUUAUUGUAAUGUAGCACUUAUGCAUUUUAUUAAAAAUUCUAUACUAUUGGAUUGAUUGAUUAUAAAGUA